AUGGAGGUUCUGUGGAAGAGCCAUGGGCUCUUCUGUCAUGGGAUGGUUUGUUAUUGCAUGACUGAUAAGGGUGGAAAGGAGUAUGCUUUAAAAGACUGUUGGGUGACAGAGGAGAAGAGGAUGCAUGAAGCCACCAUCCUGGAGAUGAUCAAGGGUAUCCCCAAUGUUGUCCAACUUGUGGACCAUUGGGAUGUGUAUUAUGAUGGGGAGCCUGACUGCACAGCGUGUAUUCACAGUCAAUAUCACCCACACAAUCGGGACGACUUGUUGUUCUGCAACAGGUUCCAUCGUCGUAUUCUCUUGUCUCCCUGCAGACAACCACUCUCUAAAUUCAGCUCUAGACGGGAGCUGCUCACCGCCUUUCAUGCCUUUGUAGUUGCUCAUCGCAUGAUGAUUGAGAACCGAGUCUUACACGGGGACCUCAGUCCCAACAACUUCAUUAUUCAUGAAGGUAUUGGCUACUUUAUCGACUUUGAUCAUGCCUCAAUCCUUGUGGAAGGCACAAGUAGUACUUAUUCACAUGGUACAGGAACCAUGCCCUACAUUUUGAUCCAUAUUCUUCAGGCUAUGCUUGAUUUAGUCCCGCAUGGGGUCAAUACCGACGUCACAGACCAGGAUGUUCAUUUGAACCAUAUGAACAGCAUCGAGGACAGCCAGGACAUUAACACUGACACGGAACUCAUUGAACACCAGCCUAGCGAUGACCUCGAGUCGCUAUUUUAUAUAUUUUUCGAAUUCAUUGCCAAGUAUGGUGGGCCACAUGGUCAAUUGGCACCUAUGUGGUCUCAGCAAGCUCUGCCAUGGGUGAGUGCCUAUGAGGCUUUGGGCAAGGCUGAUACCCAUCUAGCUUUGAGUACGAUUUGUUUCGCCAAGAUGGGGGUCUUGAUGCAGGGUAGAUUCUUCGUCGCUAGAACAUCAGAAUACUUUGCAGAAUUCAGACCCAUCGUCCAGGAAUGGGGCUCCAUAGUUUACUGUGCGAAUGGACCCAAAAAUCAGGUGGAGAUGACUCAUGCUGGAGUCCUCGACGUACUUGAUAAGUAUAUGCAAUCUCUUGAUACAGAACAGCCAUUCUCAGGAAGGCCCCAAAGUCCUCGUUCUUCCAUAACAGUAUCCCAGAAUCCUCAUCCUCGCACAGGUCACCCUCCUCCCCUGGCAGGGCCAUCUGAGCCUUUACCCCGUCGUUCCACUUGUCUUAUUACAUCAUUGGCCCUUCAUCCUCCGAUAUGCUCAGCAGGGCCUUCCGAACCUUUGUCGCCUUGUCGUCUCAAACAAAAGAAACACCAAAGGACAAAACUGUCCUGA